AUGCAACUUCGAAAGUCCGAAGCUGCGGCGCAUUACGGUACCGCACUUCAGCUUCUCGCUUCUGCGAUCCAAAACCUCACCCAGGUCACUGAUCUGGAUUUCAUCCUUGCUACGCUCUGGUUGAUGAUCUCUUACGAAGUCGCGCAUGGUGAUGGGAUCGGCGCUGAUCUAUCUGUUCAUCUACGCGGUGCCGCUCUACUAUUACAAGGGCGGCUCAAAACUCUUUGCGCCAUGAUUCACCAAUCCUACCCCGAACAUGCUAGGUCAGGAGGUGGAGGCCCAGGAACCCGUGCUGAUGAGAAGUAUUUUGGCAUCACUCGACUCAGCAGCCAGUUGCUACUGUGGAUUGCUAUCGUGGACGGGAGCGCCGCUCUGAAUGGGAUCAAUGCAACUUUUAAUCAUCUGCUUGGAGAAUCUAUGUUUGAUCUGACCCAAGAUGAGACUUCCUCACGCCUAAGCGGUUUUACAAUUAUUCAAAGAUAUUCCACCAUGGUAUAUCGCGAUGUAUGGGACUCUCAUUAUCCCCAAAGUGAACUCAUCGAGGAUCUUCAAUGCAGUCAGAUCUUCUGUCUUCAGGCAGAAUCUGGUCAACUUCGCUAUAUGCUGUCCAAAUUGACAAGUAUUGCUCCUUAUUCUCGAAAUGGUGCGGAAUUUGACUUUGAGAAAUUUUUUCGUACUGUUGAAGAUGUUGGUCUGAGAUACAGGGAGCUCCUUACUACUGCGAGCUCGUUGAAUUUACCGAAAGAUGGAUCUCAGAGGAGAUACGUGCUCAAUCUGAGGAUGGUGGUUCCAUUGUAUCAUGCGGUGGUUCUCCUGCUGUACUGUGUCUUUGGCGCAUCUACGGCGCUCAACGAUAAGCAAAGACUGGCCUUGCGCGAAAUCAUUACGCUGGCUUAUCAGGCCUGUGCCGACGAAGGAAAUCAAGCUUUAUGUAAAAUCGCAUGGCCAUUGUUCAUUGUUGCCCUCGAGACUGAUGACAUGCUCCAUAGAGAUUGGGUAUUGGAACGGUUCGAAGCACUUUCUAAGGAAGGAGAGAACUUUCGGCGAGCUCAUAAAGCCCUUUCCUUUACCUUUUCCCAACGGAGAUCACACCAGAGUCGUAUCACGUAUUGGCAACUAAUCGGGCAUAAGGAGAUAGAGCCAUUUGUCUUGGAAUAA